AUGGCUGCAACGGAGGAGUCGCCCCUUCUCCAAAAUCCAGAUGGCGGCGACCAAGAUGUGGAAAAUGGAACGACCAGAUCGAAGAUCGGGACCGGCUUUUUGGCGGUGAUGCUUCUCUCGGCCUUCCUGGCCUCAUCUGACGAUUCGUUCGUUCUUUCCACGUCCUCUGAUAUUGCAGCGGACCUCGGGGCCACCAAGGCUAGUACAUGGCUCAUUACUGGUUUUAACCUUGGAUACAUGGUUUCUCUGCCUGUUGUAAGUGCAACGAUGUAUACCGUCUGGCAUUUGCAGUUUAUUUUCACUAGCAAGUACUAG